UCCCAUCCAUCCCCAUCCCAUCCCAUCCCUUCCCAUCCCAUCCCCAUCCCAUCCCAUCCCAUCCAUCCCAUCCCAUCGCAUCCCAUCCCAUCCCAUCCAUCCCAUCCCAUC